UUCUCUCUAAUUGGAGCAUGUAAUAUGCGACGCGAACUAACCUUUCACUUUCUCUCGAAAUUCAUUUUAUGAAUGUAUUUAUGUGUGUAAUUUUCAGAUACGACAUUAUAUUUUGUGAUAAAUAAAUUGUGAUAAUAAAUAUCUUUAUAUUUGGAAGAGAUGGCUGGUUUACAUUUAAUAAAAACAUAUUCUUCCGACUCGGACGAAGAUAAGCACGAUGACGAUGAGAAGCAUGAUGACAGUAAAAUUGUAAACAAACAAACUAGACUAGCCUUACCAGCAAGUAUUUUGUCAUUAAAAGGAGUUACACAUGAAGAAGUGAUUGAUAACCCAUCAGAUCAUGAUGGACGGAUACGGAGUUUCAAACAUGAACGUGGUAACUGGGCAACUUUGGUUUACAUAGACUAUACUACCAGCGAUUGCCUUCAUACUUGGAUGAAAUCUAUGUUGAAUGAACUGCCGGUCCAAGGUGAGAUUAUUUCUAAUCUUCAUAUUAGUCUGAGUCGUACCUUGGUCCUAAAGUUUCAUUGGAUUGAAUCGUUCGUGGAGAGUCUGAAAUUGUUGUGCAGUGGAUUCCAUCCAUUUGUUGUGCAGCUCACAGAUGUGAAAAUGUACUGCAACGAGGAGAAAACUCGCACAUUUCUUGGAAUUUACUGUCAAAAUGAGGAUGGUACAUUGAAGCAUCUAACAGAUGCUAUUGACUGUUUACUAGCUGAAUAUCAAUUGCCAUCGUUUUAUGAGGAUAUUUCAUACCACAUUAGCUUCUUCUGGUGUCUUGGAGACAAACAAACCUAUUUGAAAAAAAUUCUACCAUCUCUUACUUGCAGUUUAAACAAAUAUUUAGCAGAAAAUGUGGAAGAUACUUAUAUACAUGUCAAAGAGAUACAAUGCAAAAUUGGAAAUAAAUGUUACUCUUUUGGACUGAAAUAA